AGAAGCAGCGCAUGCGCCGUCGCUCUCUUCCAGUGUCGACACUGAGCGCGACCAAACAGACGUUGAAGAACAAGAGGUGGAAGAGUACAGUUGAAGCGCUUCGUCUUCUUUAUUAUUUUAAAAAGAUCAGUUAAGACAAAUAAAUUCGUCAAGAAUUGAUUUUAAAUGAUUGCCGUCAGGAUUGGCUUGGGUAUCCUGUGCAUCUUGUAAAGAAGCAGCACUUUUAAUACAGGUGUUUGUUGUUGCACCUCAGCAUGGCUGUGGUCAUCCGUUUGCAAGGUCUCCCCAUUGUGGCUGGGACUAUGGACAUACGUCAUUUCUUCUCUGGAUUGACCAUACCGGAUGGUGGUGUACAUAUUGUAGGGGGUGAACACGGUGAGGCUUUUAUCGUGUUCGCCACAGAUGAAGAUGCAAGGCUUGGAAUGAUGCGCACAGGGGGGUCGAUCAAAGGUUCCAAGGUUUCUCUGUUGCUGAGUAGCAAAACCGAAAUGCAAAAUAUGAUCGAGCUCAGCCGUAGGCGCUUUGAAACUGGCAGUGCAGAGGUUGCCACGGGAAAUGGCAGUAGGCCGGGUCCACCGGUUAGUACUGGUGGAAGUGGAAGAGGCAACUUGCCAACCACGGCACAAGGUUUUAGUAACACAACUUCAACUACAGCCACCACAGCAGCAUCAACACAUGAUCCUGUAAGCAACAAGACUGUCCCUACCUUUUCGACCACUACAAUGGGCAACAUGCCCCCAAACUUUAAUAAUUUCAGCAGCCCAAGUCUUAGUUUGGGAUCCACAAUGUCCACGGCAAUGUCGUCGUUGAACUCUGUACCUCCCCCAGUACCUCCCUUGCCCACCAUGCCAUCUCUACCACCCAUGCCCCCCAUGCCAGUAUCCACAUUGCCACCAGUAUCCACAUUGCCUCCAAUACCAGCUGUUAAUCCGCUAACAUCAGUGUCUCCGGUCCCACCCAUUGCACACAUGCCGCACCUGCCAGGGCUUCCACCAUUUAACCCCGGUGUCCCUCCCCCUGUUGGCCCCGUCACUGGUGGUUUAGCCUCUUGUCCACUGUCUCUCGGAAAUCCCAAUCCAAUGUUCCUGAAUCCCUUAAACCAUCUAAACCCCCUGAAUCUCCAGUCUCACAUGAAAUCAUCAGUGGCAAACCCAGAUGAGUUUUACAUUCAUCUACACGGCCUUCCUUUUUCAGUCACUGAAAGUGAAGUUAGAGAUUUUUUCCAGGGACUUGGGCUUGAGUCCGUUCGUUUGCUCAAAGACAACCUGGGUAGAAACAUCGGCAGGGCAUUGGUUAAGUUCUUCUCACCCCAAGAUUCUUUUGAGGCUCUGAAAAGAAACUCAGGAAUAAUAGGCCAAAGAUAUGUUGAGGUUUCUCCAGCUACAGAGCGGCAGUGGAGAGAGAGCGCAGGACACUUUAAAGUAUGUAGUGACGCCGAACACAGCCGUCAUCAUCGCAGAAACACCAAUUCGCCACCACCCUCUGGCCGUGAGCGAGCCAGGUCUCGAUCACCCCACAAACUAGAAUUCUGUGUAUAUCUGAAAGGACUCCCAUAUGAAGCAGAAAACAAGCAGAUUUUUGAGUUUUUCAAAAAUCUUGACAUUGUUGAAGAUAGCAUUUACAUUGCAUAUGGACCCAAUGGCAGGGCAACUGGUGAGGGAUUUGUGGAGUUUAGGAAUGAAACGCACUACAAAGCUGCUCUCGGAUGCCAUAUGCAGUACAUGGGUAGUCGGUUCAUACAGGUGCAUCCAAUCACAAAGAAAAAUAUGUAUGAAAAGAUAGAUGCUAUUCGCAAACGAAUGCAGGGUUCCCAAGGCAAUCAGAAGAAUAGUUCGGGUGAAGGAGGAAAGAGUGCCAAGAAUUGUGCUCACAUAACCAAUAUUCCCUAUAACGUGACAAAAAAGGAUGUCCGUCUGUUUCUUGAUGGCAUUCAGUUGUUUGAGGAAAGCCUUAAGGUGUUAGUUGACGCAAAUGGUAAUGGUCUUGGCCAGGCUAUUGUGCAGUUUAAGUCUGAUGAGGACGCACUUAAAGCAGAGAGACUACAUAGGCAGAAAUUGAAUGGCAGGGAUGCUUUCGUUCAUUUGGUUACAUUCGAGCAGAUGAAAGAAGUUGAGAGAAAUCCUCCUCCCCAGGCAAAAAGAGGCCAGAAAUCCCAAGGAAAUUCCCAUGCUCAUGCUCAUACCCAUGUACACACUCAGCCCCAGGUCCAAGUUCCCCAAGCACCUCAUGCUUUUCCAGGAAUGACAGGCAAUGAGUUCAGUUUUCUGAGAAGUGCUGUAGGGACCCUUGGCAACGGUCCCCCUUUUGUCAACCCAUUCAUUGCCCCAGGUAAUGGACUGGCAGGUCCACCACCUUUACCGCCACUUGGCGCUGCUUUGGGUGACGUCUCGCUUGGCAUUCCCCCGCCAAUGAUUGGGGGACCUCUGUCCGGUCCUGUUUUAGAGCACCCUGGUUUCAGACCUGACGGCAACAGUGCACCUUCCAACUUUGUUGGUGUGUUAGAGCCCUUAAGGGGCAUGCCACCGUUUGAUAAUGGAUCUUCUCAUAAAGCAAUUAGCCAAAAUCGUGGAGGUAGCCAAGGUCAGCGGCCAGCUUCUGAGAGUUUAAGAGGACCAUCCAGCAGUGGUCCAGGUAAUACGCGGCCCACCAUUGUCAAAAUUCAAAACAUGCCUUUUACUGUGACCGUUGACGAGAUAAUUGAUUUCUUCUAUGGCUAUCAAGUGUUGCCUGGUUCUGUAUGCUUGCAAUUCAAUGAGAAAGGUUUGCCCACUGGGGAAGCGAUGGUUGCUUUUGACUCCCAUGAUGAAGCAAUGGCUGCUGUUAUGGACCUGAAUGAUAGGCCCAUUGGGGCAAGAAAAGUUAAGAUCACUUUGGGAUGAAAGCAACAUCUUUGUCAUUGCAAGUGUCUUAAUGUUUGACACGGUUUUCAGAAGGGGAAAAAAAAAAC